CUAGAGUGUCUACUUGAUUGAAAUGGUAUAGGGCCUAUGUUAAACGUUUUAAUAGUGGUCUACUGUCGCCUUAUCUCGAAGAUAUGAUUGAACAUUAAUAUCGUGCAAUUUUUAUAUGAUUGAACAUAAAAAUCGUCGAAUACUUCAUUCUGCUAUUCACUGCACAGACGACAAACACUGCUGAUAUUGCUACUUUACUGACCACUGCAACGCAACGACGCAGACGCAACGUAAUGGAAUACCGGUACUGUAUCCUUCCAAAUGUGUCGUAUCCCCUUGCUAAAAGUUGCUAGUCAUGACUUGCGAUGGUGACAUCGUCGGCAGUAAACGGAAAACUCUCACGAAAAGUUUACGUUUAGUAUUCGUAAGGAUCCCUCACUCAGUUGGGACUUGACAUCGAGAAGUUGUGCCAAAAUAUUUCUCGGCAAAUACCGAAAGAUGUGUUUUCUAAAGCAGAAGGUCAGUGGCUGAAAUAUACAUUUAAAGAACGUUAUCGAAUUCAUCAUGGAACAACACAUCCAAGAAAAGGAUGUUCCGUUUUAUGUGUACUCGACAACAGACACUGUUAUUAUAACCGUGUUUAUGCCUAUUGUUUUUGCAAUAGGGGUUAUUGGUAAUUUUGCCGUAUGCGCAGUAUUUAUUCGCAUAAAGAGCAUGCGCACGGUGACUAACCACUACCUUGUAAACUUAGCAUUGGCUGAUCUGAUUUUUCUUGUGUUUGCUGCUCCCCAAAUAUGGGUAUCAUACGCUUCAGGUAAAAUACGUCACGAUUUCUCUCAUGUCGGAGAGUCGUUCUGUAAAGUGUCAAUAUUCUUUUCCGACGCAUGCAUCCUCGUGUCUGCUUGUACAAUCGUCCUUGUUACCAUUGAGAGAUAUUUCGCCAUCUGCAUGCCACACAGAUUCAAAACCAUUAGCACGCGACCACGCGCUGUUGCAACGUGCAUCUGCAUAUGGAUCAUCAUUGGUAUUUACAAAACUCCUGCGUUGUACUUCUCCCAGCUCGUGCAACAGGAAUUAAUUUGGCCAAAUGGUAGCCAGUACGAUGAUUACCCAGAUCAAAGAGAAACAUGCUUGUAUUGUUCCCCAAAUAAUAGUACUACAUGUAACAGAUACACCAAGUCACUUGCUACAGACAAUUUAUUAGUGCUCUCUGUAAUACCAAUAAUCAGUGUUUUGUAUACCUUGAUAAACAUUCAGCUUCAUAAAUUAGCUAAUACCAAGAUCGGUGCGUCUUCACACAGAAUGAAGACACAAGUUGUGCGCAUGCUUAUUGUUACAAUUUCUGCGUUUUUCAUCUGUAUUUCGCCUUUUCGAAUCAUGAAUCUUUUCGAAACAUUUAACCAAGAACUUAUUUACGAAAAAUUGCAAGUGGCCUCGUUUAUGCUCUGGGCCAAUAUUGGAAGAGUUCUCCAAUAUUUAAACGCUGCAAUCAAUCCUAUUAUAUACAACUUGAUGUCAGCCCGAUACAGACAAGCUUUUAAGGAUUGUUUUUUAUGCCGUGUUAAUGGACCAGGGAUGUUGUCGGAAGUCUCCGGAAGGAAUCGAAAUAAAUAUAAAGUAGUUAGUACAAAUGCUAGUAUGCUGACGAAAAACGAAAACGGGGCCAGUACAGUUGGAUAGUAAACAUCAACUCUGAAGAAAGCCUAUUAACAGCACUUUAUCAGCUAUUGUCGGAUUUUUAAGAAGUAGAAGCAUGCCUAUUGCUUCCGCAUCGAUUUCACCAUGAAAAUGAGAGUUGCAUUAGCAAAAUACGUCCUCUCAUCGUCAAAUGGAAAUGUACAGUCGGCAUAAACAAUCACAGUCUAUUUCCAAACAACUUAAUCAUAUAAACGAUUAACCGACACAAAACUAUCAUGUCACGGUCUUAUUAUGAAACUAUGUUGAAAAAUGCUUUUUCGGAUCAGGUGGUAACCUCAUUUACCUACUUUCUGCUGUCGCAAACGGUAAUAUUAAUAAUUUGUCAAUAUUAUACAGAGCCAAGUUUCUCGGGACUUGACAUAAUACUACCCCGGCAUUUGGAUCAAACACAUGGAACGCAUACUGAGACUACUCCCAAGGGAUGCAUUACAUAAUGUUGAAGCUAGUUAGGAAACCGUUGAAACAAUAAAUAUUGGUACAUGUUGAAUAAGAUUUUAUGAUGUAUUUUUGAAAAUGAAACAUAGAUGAAGCGAAGAAAGAAGAAAGUUACUGAAGUCUGUAAUUAUAGAGGGCGGUAGAAUAAAAACAAUGUAAGCGAUAAUGUUUCGAGCUGAUGAUGCACGUGUUUCAGCUACUUGUGUUUAUGAUCGUUUUUGCUGGAGAAUGAAACAGAAUACUAUAUUUUAUGUUUGCUUUGACUUUCUCAUCGUUUGAUGUGUCUGGUGUCACUGCUGGUCAUGUGGUACCGUAUAGGAAUGUGUGUACAAAGUGUAUAUAUUUAAAUUAAACUAUAAUAUUUAAAUGUACAUUAUACCCCGAAAAAAAUCACAAGAUACAAUGACGAAGGUCUCAGUGGCAGAUACUGGGGGUGGCAAAAUGGGCAUUCACUCCCCUCAACCUCCCCCUCACUUCAACCUGCCAGCAGCUAGGUCAAGUUCAUAGCCCUGGAUGACUUUACAAUGUGAAAGAGAACACCUUGAACCCUUCCUAUCGGAUGAUUGAUGCUGGCCCCUCUCCAUCCCCAGCAAAAAUGGUCCUGGAUCCGCCACUGCGUCUAGUGUGUGCACCUGUUUCAGGUGAGAAUUUUACCUGCAUUUGUAUCACCUGUAUCGUGGUGAAGUGACUUGUAUCAUGUGACUUUACGCCGGAACUGAAACCAAUUGCGCCUGACAAAUUGUAAAUGUUGUACAGCAGUUAAAGAACUUAAUUGCAUUUAUAAUUUUCUAGGGGGAUGUACUCUCAAUAUAAUGUUAUUAUUCCAUAUUAUGUGAUGUUAUGUUAUGCAGUGUCAUUUUACUUUACAUGGAAUAGCCUUACCGGUGAAUAUUUAACCUAUUUUAAUCUAAUGUAGAGCAAUAACACAUAGAUAUAUCAUCGACAUAAAUAUUCAUAAUUUUAAAAGGCUAGAGACAAAGAUAUAAUUAUUUGUAUAGGCCUACUGAAAACUAACUGCUGAAACAAUACUUAUAUCGCAGCUUCGAAGGCAACGGCAGCGUCAAUGAGUGGCGUGUUCUGUAGUGGCAAUUUAAUAAAAUAAUAAGUAUAACGAAAUCAUUUAAGCAUAGACUAUCGCAUGUACGCGUAGUUAACUUAAAUACGGUAUCGUUCGAAUGUCAGAGGCUCAAAUAGCUUCUCAAAAACAAUCAAUUAAUAUUUUAACAAUGCAUCUUUCCAAAGUGUCAAUCAAACUUAACAGCUACUGCUGACCAAUCAGGUGUUGUUUAAAGAUGGGAACUUACUGCGCACAACUUACUGCGCCAACGGAUCGUUUUUAAUGACGAUAAAGUUCAGACUGCUACCGACAAUCAGCAGACGGCGUUGCGUCGUCUAUCGCUCGCAGGGAGCGGAGUUGGAUUCGUCGUGCGACGUUCGUACGACGUCGUACGACGCAGUGAGUGCCCGGCAUUACAGUCUGCAAUACUGGCAUGUCCCACAAUAUGUAAGUUUACGUACGUUUAAGUAGACCUCUGCUCUGAACAUGUAAUUAAACAUUCGAUUCCGGCUAUGAAUUGACUAAGUAGACCGUAGUUUAAUAUUAAGUACCAUUAGCCUAUUAUAGAGUUUAUGGUAAUGAUGCAAAUGAUGAUUUGACGGUUUCGACUGGUAUUUCUUUACAAGGAUCAUAAUUGUCCUGGCAAAAGGAUAAACCUGACCACCAUCGGGGAUUUACUUAUCAGUCUUUGUACGUAUCUACUCAGAAUUAGAUAACGUAUUCAUUCGAAUAAACACCCCGCUUUGAUAUAAUUCCACUUCUCGCAUUUGGAAUAACGCCCCGGUUCCCCCUAAAUGACUGUAAACAAAUCUAAUGGAAGCAACAUCAUUCUCAACACAUUCUAUUAAGCUUCUACUACAGUAGAAUUACAUUUUGUCUAACCUGGUUGGGAUCAUUAAAUCUUUAUGAUCACGU